AUGUUUAAAAUUAUAAUAUUUGUGAUAUUUUUAAAAGGAUUUGUUUCAGCAAAUCCUUUUGUGGGUUUAUUCGAUCCCAAAUGUGUGGUGACACUCAAUAUGGAGUGUCCUAAUGAAAAUGUUACCUUUUGGCUAUAUAACAAACAAACCCAAGAUUCUCCUGUUAAGCUGGAUCCUUUGAACCUUCAACCCAGCGAUUUCCAGCCUAGAAAACCUUUAUACAUUAUUUUACACGGCUAUACUGGAGAUCGUGAUUAUUCGCCCAAUCGUUAUAUAAGACCCGCUCUUUUGGAGGCAGAAGAUGUUAAUGUAAUUUCUGUAGAUUAUGGUCCUUUAGUUCCCUAUCCCUGUUACUUUGCUGCUGUGGCAAAUUUACCAGUGGCCAGUAGAUGCCUGGCUCAUUUAAUUAAUACAAUGGUGGAUCAGGAUGUAGUGCCAAAUGAAGAUAUUCACAUGAUCGGUUUUAGUUUGGGUGCCCAGGUGGCGGGACAAACUGCUAACUAUCUUAAACGUCGCCUUAAAAGAAUUACGGGUUUAGACCCCGCAAAACCCAUGUUUAUUACUGUGGGAUCAGAUCGUAAACUCGAUCCUACCGAUGCUGAAUUUGUGGAUGUUAUACAUACGGAUGUUUUGGGUCGUGGCAUGCUGAGGACUAUGGGUCAUGUGGAUUUUUAUCCAAAUAUUGGUCCCUAUCAACCGGGCUGUCAAGAGGAAAAUAUGGAGGAUCCCGGCAGUUGUAACCACGAUCGUGCUCCCCAGUAUUAUGCCGAAUCUAUACGUAGUGAUAAAGGAUUUUGGGCUUAUAGCUGUCCCAGUUGGCUGCAUAAUAUCUUUGGUCUGUGCAAUACCCAAUCAAAUGAUGAAAUAAUGGGUUUCCAUGUUAAUCAAAGUGCCCUUGGUUCAUUUUUCCUUAAAACCUCUGACCAAACACCCUUUGCUUUGGGUCCUUUCACUCAAAAUUCUUUGGCUCAACAUCGAAAUUUACCACUGCUGUACGAUUACAAAGAUAUCGAUGAUAAUGAAUUUGAACCUCAACUGCGGAAAGCCUUUGUCGAUUGGACGGAUAAUGAAUUUAUGGACUUUCGUAAACUAAAACAUUUCGAUGAAAAGUUCAAUGAUUUAGAAACGUAAUUAAGGCC